AUGGGGGUCCAGAUCUGGGUCUGGGUCCCGGUCCGGGUCCUGGUCCUGGUCCUGGUCGCGACCCUGCCGUGCGCGCGCGGCCUGGACCUGCACGUCCCGGAGCGCGCGCGGCCCGGGCGCGUGCUGGCGGACCUGUCUCUGGGACCCGGAUGGACGCACCGGGCCUCGGACCCGGACCGGGGCGAGGCGGGCCGGCUGCAGUACGCCAUGGAGGCGCUGUUCGACCGCCGCUCAGACCACCUGUUCGCCAUCGACGCCCAGACGGGCAGCGUGACCACGCGGUCGGAGUACCGGGUGAGCAUCCGCGAGAACGUGGAGGCGGGCUUCGAGGUGAUGACCAUCCGCGCCACGGACGGCGACGCCCCCUCCAACGCCAACAUGGUCUACCGCCUGGUCAACGAGGACGAGCUGGACGGCGCCUUCGAGAUCGACCGGCGCAGCGGAUUGGUCCGCGUCCGGAGGCGUCCCGACCGCGAAUCGCGCGCCGAAUACGCGCUCCUGGUGGAGGCCGACGACCAGGGCGGGGACCCGGGGCCGCGCACGGCAACCGCCGCCGUGCACGUGACCGUGGAGGACGAGAACGACAACUACCCGCAGUUCAGCGAGAAGCGCUACGUGGCGCGCGUGCGCGAGGACGCGGCGGUCAACAGCCGCGUGGCGAAAGUGGAAGCUAGCGACCGCGACGAGGGCGCUAACGCCCGCGUCCACUACAGCAUCAUCAGCGGAAACGUGCGCGGACAGUUCUACAUCCACUCGCCCACCGGCGCCAUCGACCUCAUCAACCCGCUCGACCACGAGAACAUACGCGAGUACAGCCUGAGGAUCAAGGCGCAGGACGGCGGGAGGCCACCGCUCAUCAACGCCACGGGCCUCGUGGUCGUCCAGGUGAUGGACGUCAACGACAACGCGCCCAUGUUCGUCAGCACGCCGUUCCAGGCCAGCGUGCUGGAGAACUACCGUCUGACCGGCACGGCGCCGGACUUCCCUCUGGCCAUCAACAACAGCACGGGCUGGGUCACGGUGACCCGGGAGCUGGACCGGGAGGCGGCCGACUUCUUCUCCUUCGGCGUUGAGGCGCGCGACCACGGCUCGCCGUCCAUGGCGUCCGCGGCUAGCAUCUCCGGGGGCAACACCAGGAACCGUUUCGCCAUCAGUAGCCACGGCAACGGCGGCUUGCUGACCCUGGCCCUUCCGCUGGACUACAAGCAGGAGCGGCAGUACGCGCUAACGCUAACGGCUAGCGACGGCGAGCGGGCGGACGCCGCGCAGGUCUUCAUCAACGUGACGGACGCCAACACGCACCGGCCCGUUUUCCAGAGCGCCAACUACCAGUUCACGCUAAUCGAGGGGCGCCCCGCCGGACACAACGUGGCGGUGAUUAGCGCCACCGACGAGGACACCGGCGAAAACGCGCGCAUCACAUACCUGAUGGAGGACGGCGCGCCCCAGUUCCGGAUCGACCCGGACACGGGCGCCAUCACCACCACGAUGGAGAUCGACUACGAGGAGCAGGCGUCCUACACGCUGGCCGUGGAGGCGCGGGACAACGGCAUCCCGCAGAAGUCGGACACCACCUACGUGGAAAUCAUCGUCCUGGACGCCAACGACAACGCGCCGGCCUUCCGGGCGGACGCCUACCAGGUGCUCUUCAACAACUACGUGACCAACAAGUCGAACAGCUUCCCGUCGGGGGUGAUCGGGCGGGUUCCGGCGCGGGACCCGGACGUUUCGGACCGGCUGCGUUUCCGGUUCGAGGCGGGGAACGAGCUCCUUCUGCUGCUGCUGGACCCGGACUCCGGGGAGCUGCGGCUCAGCAGGGACCUGGACAACGACCGCGCCCUGGAGGCCCCCAUGACCAUCUCCGUCACCGGUAGGGACCCGCCCGGAUACCCGCCCUCUGAGGGGGGGUUUGGAGACGCAUUAUAG